UAUUUACCACGUGCCAGAGUCAGUGUGUGGCAGAGGAGUGCUGUGGGGGAGGCAAAAAUGAACUGACUCUGGACUCUGCCCUGCAGAAGCUCUGCCUACUGGCACCAGAUAAGACAGGCCCACUAGGACCUGUUAUCUAAGAGAUUGCAAUCUGCAAGAAGAAACUCAGGAGGAGAACUCUGUAGGUAAAGGAACAAGACUGAGCAGACAUUCCAGGGGCCCUCAAAUCUAGCCAGCUGACUGCUCCACGCCCCAACUGGCCCACACUAUGCAGCCCCAGUCUGUUCUACACAGUGGCUACUUCCACCCGCUGCUCCGGACCUGGCAGGCAGCUGCCACCACCCUCAACGCCUCCAACCUCAUCUACCCCAUCUUUGUCACGGAUGUUCCUGAUGACAUACAGCCUAUUGCCAGCCUCCCAGGAGUGGCCAGGUAUGGUGUGAACCGACUGGAAGAGAUGCUGAGGCCCCUGGUGGAAGAGGGCCUGCGUUGCGUCCUGAUCUUUGGUGUUCCCAGCAGAGUUCCCAAGGAUGAGUGGGGCUCUGCAGCUGACUCUGAGGACUCCCCAGCUAUCGAGGCGAUCCGUCUGUUGAGGAAGACUUUCCCCAACCUUCUGGUGGCCUGUGACGUCUGCCUGUGUCCCUAUACCUCCCACGGUCACUGUGGGCUUCUGGGCGAAAAUGGAGCAUUCCGGGCCAAGGAGAGCUGCCAACGACUGGCAGAAGUGGCCCUGGCCUAUGCCAGGGCAGGAUGUCAAGUGGUAGCCCCAUCAGACAUGAUGGAUGGACGCGUGGAAGCCAUUAAGAAGGCCCUGAUGGCACAUGGACUUGGCAACAGGGUAUCUGUGAUGAGCUAUAGUGCCAAAUUUGCUUCCUGUUUCUAUGGACCUUUCCGAGACGCAGCUCAGUCAAGCCCAGCCUUUGGAGACCGCCGCUGCUACCAGCUGCCCCCAGGAGCACGAGGCCUGGCCCUCCGAGCAGUGGACCGGGAUGUACGGGAAGGAACUGACAUGCUCAUGGUGAAGCCAGGAAUGCCCUACCUGGACAUCGUGCGGGAGGUGAAGAACAAGCACCCUGAGCUGCCUCUCGCUGUAUACCAUGUCUCUGGAGAGUUUGCCAUGCUGUGGCACGGAGCCCAUGCCGGGGCAUUUGAUCUUAAGGCUGCCGUACUGGAGGCCAUGUCUGCCUUCCGCAGAGCAGGUGCCGACAUCAUCAUCACCUACUAUACACCUCAGCUGCUGCAGUGGCUGAAGGAGGAAUGAUGCAGAGAGUGCAAAACCCAAGAACUAGAACUUAAAAAAGUUCCCAGGGCCCUGGAGAUGUGAAAACCAAAGUAAAUGCUGCUUUUAGAACUGUG